UUCUUUAUCCGCUGCUCUGUUGUCAGUAUUCGCUUCCAUUGUUCUCUGGAGUUCACCUCUCUCUCUCUCUCUCUCUCUGAUUUCUGAUAUCUGGGACCUUUGCUGGUUAUUUGGGAAAUCCAGUCAAGAGAUUGAAGCAGUGUGUGGCAGCGUGCGGUUGAUUUGAACAAUGGAGGAGAAACCAUUUCCAGCAUGGUCUUGGUCAGUAGAGCAAUGCUUGAAGGAGUACAAUGUCAAAUUGGAGAAAGGCUUGAGCUCCUAUGAAGUUGAGAAGCGGCGGGAAAGGUCUGGGUGGAACGAGCUCAGGAAAGAGAAUGGCAAGCCUUUGUGGUUUCUCGUGUUGGAACAGUUCGACGAUAUGCUUGUCAAGAUUCUCCUUGUUGCAGCCUUUAUUUCGUUUGCCCUUGCUUACCUGCAGGGGAGUGAAUCUGGGCAUGCAGGAUUUGAGGUGUAUGUGGAACCGGCUGUGAUUGUAUUGAUUCUUGUGCUCAAUGCCAUUGUGGGAGUUUGGCAGGAAACUAGUGCUGAGAAGGCUCUUGAAGCCCUGAAGGAGAUGCAGUCUGAGUCUGCCAAGGUUCGUAGAGAUGGGUGCUAUGUGCCAAACUUGCCGGCACGAGAGCUAGUCCCAGGCGACAUUGUGGAAUUGGGCAUUGGAGAUAAGGUUCCUGCUGAUAUGAGAAUAGCUGCUUUAAAGACAUCAACUUUGAGAGUCGAGCAAAGCUCGUUGACUGGGGAGAGCAUGCCUGUGAUCAAAGGAACAAAUCCGGUGUUCCUAGAUGAUUGUGAGUUGCAGGCAAAAGAGUGUAUGGUUUUUUCAGGAACAACCAUUGUGAAUGGUAGUUGUGUCUGUAUUGUCACUGGGAUUGGAAUGAACACUGAAAUAGGAAAAAUUCAGACCCAGAUUCAUGAAGCUUCACUGGAGGAACAAGAUACUCCUCUCAAGAAGAAGCUGGAUGAGUUUGGUGGGAGGCUCACUAGUGCAAUUGGGAUGAUUUGCCUUGUAGUGUGGGCCAUCAACUAUAGGAAUUUUAUUACUUGGGAUGACCCCAAUGCAUCUUGGUGGAAUUUUCGCUUUUCUUUCGAAAAAUGCACGUAUUAUUUUAAGAUAGCAGUUGCACUUGCAGUGGCAGCUAUUCCUGAAGGUCUUCCAGCUGUAAUCACGACUUGUUUAGCUUUGGGUACCAGGAAGAUGGCACAGAAGAAUGCGAUUGUGAGGAAGCUUCCAAGUGUAGAGACGUUAGGAUGCACAACUGUAAUAUGCUCUGAUAAGACUGGCACACUAACAACGAAUCAGAUGUCUGUGAAUGAAUUUUUCACUCUUGGUGACAAGACAACUACAUUUCGAUUGUUUCAUGUGGAGGGUACAACAUACAAUCCGAGGGAUGGAGGCAUCACUGGUUGGAUCUCCCACAACAUGGAUGCAAGCUUGCAGGUUUUAGCAGAGAUAUGCGCAAUCUGCAAUGAUGCUGGGAUAUAUUGCAAUGAUUACCUUUUCCGGGCUACUGGAAUGCCUACUGAGGCAGCUCUCAAGGUACUAGUUGAGAAGAUGGGAGCUCCAGAUCCAAAGGCAAGGAGCAAAAUUCGCAAUACACAACUUGCUGCCGACUACUCUAUCGAUCGCACAGCAGUUAAGUUAGGCUGUUGCGAUUGGUGGAUAAGGAGAUCGAGAAGGAUUGCCACCUUGGAACUUGAUCGAGUUCGCAAAUCUAUGAGUGUUAUUGUCCGCGAACCAACUGGCAAUAAUCGCCUUCUUGUAAAGGGAGCUGUUGAGAGUAUUCUGGAGAGAAGUUCAAGUGUACAACUUGCAGAUGGAUCUGUUGCUUUGUUGGAUGAGCUAUCCAGGCAGUUAAUACUGUCGAGAGUCCAUGAGAUGAGCUCAAAAGGCUUGCGGUGCUUGGGUUUUGCAUUCAAAGAUGACUUAGGAGAGUUUUCAGACUACUAUGCGGACACUCACCCUGCUCACAGGAAGUUGCUUGAUCCAGCUAACUACUCUGAAAUCGAAAGCAAUCUAAUUUUUGUUGGAGUUGUUGGUCUAAGGGACCCUCCUCGUGAUGAAGUUAAGAAAGCAAUUGAAGAUUGUAGAGGUGCAGGAAUCAGAGUUAUGGUGAUAACAGGUGAUAAUAAGUCCACAGCGGAGGCAGUCUGUCAGGAAAUUGGAUUAUUUCCUAGAAUGACAAGCAUCAGGGGGAAAAGUUUUACUGGUAAAGAGUUCAUGGCUCUUCCAGUCAGCCAACAGAUUGAAAUUUUAUCAAAACCUGGAGGUGUAGUUUUUUCUCGUGCCGAGCCUAGGCACAAGCAAGAAAUUGUGCGGCUGCUGAAGGAAAUGGGUGAGAUUGUUGCAAUGACUGGUGAUGGUGUUAAUGAUGCACCUGCACUAAAACUAGCUGACAUUGGAAUUGCUAUGGGCAUAACUGGAACUGAGGUUGCGAAAGAGGCUGCUGAUAUGGUUCUAGCUGAUGAUAAUUUCAGUACAAUUGUCUCAGCUAUUGCGGAAGGACGUGCUAUUUAUAAUAACAUGAAAUCCUUCAUUAGGUACAUGAUAUCUUCUAAUGUGGGAGAAGUAAUGUCUAUCUUUCUGACAGCUGCACUUGGCAUACCUGAGUGCCUUAUACCAGUUCAGCUUCUUUGGGUUAAUUUGGUCACCGAUGGGCCCCCUGCAACAGCUCUUGGUUUUAACCCUGCUGAUGUUGACAUCAUGCAGAAGCCACCUCGCAAGACCAAUGAUGCUCUUAUCAAUUCUUGGGUUCUCUUUCGUUACCUGGUAAUUGGUUCUUAUGUUGGUUUAGCAACUGUUGGCAUCUUCAUGUUGUGGUACACCCAGCCUUCCUUUUUGGGGAUUGAUCUUUCAAGCGAUGGCCACACAUUGGUCUCCCUGGCUGAGCUCCGGUCAUGGGGAGAGUGCCCCACAUGGACAGAUUUCUCACCUGAUCCCUUCUUGGCUGGUGAUCAAGUAAUAUCUUUCACAGAUCCCUGCGACUAUUUCACAGUCGGAAAAGUUAAAGCAAUGACCUUAUCACUCUCUGUUUUGGUAGCAAUUGAGAUGUUCAACUCUCUGAAUGCUCUAUCAGAAGAUAAUAGCUUGGUUCAGAUGCCUCCAUGGAAGAACCCAUGGCUCCUUGUGGCAAUGCUGGUUUCGUUCAGUCUUCAUCUUCUCAUAGUUUAUAUACCCUUCCUGGCCAGUGUUUUUGGCAUUGUUCCAUUGAGUCUGAAUGAGUGGCUUCUGGUUAUUUUGGUUUCUUUCCCUGUGGUGCUCAUUGAUGAAGCACUUAAGUAUGUGGGCAGGAGGCAAUGGAGGACAAAUCAGAAGCACAAAAUAGCAUAGGGACACACUAAAGAUCGUGAUAAAGGGUGGUUGAAAAAUAUUGUUGUCAGUUGUUCAGAUUCAAAUGGAUAAAAUUGUACAGUAAAAUGUCCUGUUGAUCAAAUUUUUAUAUUUCCUCUUUUUGCAAAGGUCUAUGUUUGUCUUU